AUGGAGGAGAAUGACCCCAAGCCCAGCGAAGCGGCGGCGGCGGAGGGGCAGCGACAGCCGGAAUCCAGCCCCAGUGGCGGCUCGGGCGGCGGCAGCAGCCCGGGCGACGCGGACACUGGCCGCCGGCGGGCUCUGAUGCUGCCCGCGGUCCUGCAGGCGCCGGGCAACCACCAGCACCCGCACCGCAUCACCAACUUCUUCAUCGACAACAUCCUGCGGCCGGAGUUCGGCCGGAGAAAGGACACGGGGACGUGUUGUGCCGGCGCGGGAGGAGGAAGAGGCGGCGGAGCCGGCGGGGAAGGCGGCGCGGGCGGCGCGGAAGGAGGCGGCGGCGCGGGCGGCGCCGAACAGCUCCUGGGGUCGGGCGGACAGGCCCGGCAGAACGCGCCCAGUGCGCCCGGUGCGGGCGGGCCACUGCCCGGCGGCGGCGGCGACUCUCCGGGCGACGGGGAAGGCGGCUCCAAGGCGCUCUCGCUGCACGGCGGCGCCAAGAAAGGCGGCGACGCCGGGGGCCCCCUGGACGGGGCGCUCAAGGCCCGCGCCUUGGGCGGCGGCGACUUAUCGGUGAGCUCGGACUCGGACAGCUCGCAGGCCAGCGCCAACCUGGGCGCGCAGCCCAUGCUUUGGCCGGCCUGGGUCUACUGCACGCGCUACUCGGACCGGCCUUCUUCAGGUCCCAGGUCUCGCAAACCAAAGAAGAAGAACCCCAACAAAGAAGACAAGCGGCCCCGCACGGCCUUCACGGCCGAGCAGCUGCAGAGGCUCAAGGCCGAGUUCCAGACCAACAGGUACCUGACCGAGCAGCGGCGCCAGAGCCUGGCGCAGGAGCUCAGCCUCAACGAGUCGCAGAUCAAGAUUUGGUUCCAGAACAAGCGCGCCAAGAUCAAGAAGGCCACGGGCAAUAAGAACACGCUGGCCGUGCACCUCAUGGCGCAGGGUCUGUACAACCACUCGACGACCGCCAAGGAGGGCAAGUCGGACAGCGAGUAG